AUGCCUCUGCACCUACUCGGCAAGAAGUCAUGGAACGUCUACAAUGCCGACAAUGUAGCACGCGUCAAGGCCGACGAGGCUGCCGCCGCCGCCCGCGAAGCUGCCCAUGAGCAGCGCAUGCAAGAGCUCGACGCCCAACGACGCGCUGCCAUUCUACGCGGUCAAACGCCUCCACCGCUGCCCGAGGAAGCCUCGCCAAAGCACUCAGAUGCGCGGGCUUCGAAGAACAGAGAUGAGCGCGGAUAUGGCCCAAAGAGGAGGAAGCUUGCUGGAGAGGAUGACACCGACAUGGACAUCCGCCUGGCCAAGUCCAUGACAGCUCCGGAUGAAGAUGACAAGAACGAUGCCAAAAUCUUGAAACUACGAAGCACAGCCAGCGACGCUCCUCUGCACGACCAUGCCGGCCAUAUCGACUUGUUUCCCGUCGACAUUAAGGAGGCUUCGAAACGCGAGAAGAACGCCGAGGUCGAGAACGAGAAGCGCAAAAAGGAAAGGGCUUUGGAAGACCAAUACACCAUGCGCUUCUCGAACGCUGCUGGAAAAGGCGGAAUAGAGCAGCCCUGGUACGCGACUCAGCAGAAACCGUCGCGGGAUGAUGGGAAGGACCCAGACAGCGCACGCGAUCUAGCACCAUACGAAGGCUUUGUGAAUAAGGAUGUCUGGGGCAACGAAGAUCCACGACGCAAGGAGAGGGAGCAGGCGCGAAUAUCAUCCAACGACCCAUUUGCUUUCAUGCAACAAGCCCAAGCCCAACUGAAGAAGGCCAAACGCGACAAGAAGCUAUGGGCCGAGGAGCGUGACCGAGAGUUGCGAGAACUGCGAAUGACACAAGAGCAGGAAGAUAGUAGGAGCAGACAUCAUAAGCGGAAAAGAAAAGACGACCAUGAUGACAAGACUCGUGAUCGCGACUCUGCUAACUCCUCACGACACAAGCAUCGUCAUAGAAGUCGGGGCCGUAGCCGGGACCGGCAUCACCACAAAUCUUCACAUCGCAGUGAGAGGCGACGGAGUCGUAGCAGAAGUGCGGACUACGAUCGCCAUCGAGAUCGGCAUCGGCACAAACACCGGGAUCGCUCUCGCGAAGGGCAUGAAAAGUCAAGGGUGAAGUGA